AUGGGUGGUGUAACCAAUACUGCUACUGCUAAGAAAUUGGCUAGUAUGGAUUGGAUUAGGACUGUUUUGGUUAAGGAAGACAGGGGUCUCAAUAUGGCUACGCCAGUUAAUGUUGAGGCUAUUUUGGGAUAUAGCAGCGGUGAACUUGCAGAGGCAGUUUGCAUGUUUGCAGGUAGUUGCACCAAUUGCCACUACAAUAGCCAAGGCAAAUAUUGCAAUUUCCGUCCUGAAAUCAAACCUCGCGAACGUUCUGCACCCAUUGCAAGCUCUUCUACCGGUACUGCGGAGGCUGCAGGCAGGCAUAUAAGAGUUGCAAAGAGAAAGCGGUCCACUACAAAGGAAAAAUGGCAGAGGCUUUUGAUGGCAGUAGAGGGAGUGGCUGAUGCAAUUGAGGAUAUCAUGGAAGACAUGGAAGACUAA